AUGAGAAACAAAAAAAUAACAACAUUCAUCCUUCCGGGACUGACUGAUGACCCUCACCUCCAGGUUCUGAUUUUUAUAUUUCUAUUUCUCACCUACAUAUUGAGUGUAACUGGGAACCUGAGCAUCAUCACACUCACCUUUAUGGAUUCCCAUCUUAAAACAUCCAUGUACUUUUUCUUACAAAAUUUCUCCUUCUUAGAGGUCUCCUUCACAUCUGCAUGUAUUCCUAGACACUUGUGUAACAUAGCAACAGGGGACAAGGUCAUUACCUAUAAUGCUUGUGUCAUCCAAGUAUUUUUUAGACCUCUUUGAGUAACAGAAUUUUUUCUCCUUGCUGCCAUGUCCUAUGACUACUAUGUGGCCAUCUGCAGACCCCUGCAUUACAUGACCAUCAUGAGCAAAAGAGUCUGCAGGAGUCUCAUCAUCUGUUGUUGGUCAGCUGGUUUGUGUAUCAUAAUCCCACCACUUAUCCUGCUUUUAAAACUAGAAUUUUGUGACUCUAACAUCAUGGAUCAUUUUUUCUGUGAUGCAUUUCCCCUAGUGAAGAUUGCAGGCUCAGACAUGUGGUUUAUGGAACAGACAGUUAUAAUCUGUGCUGUACUAACCCUGAAUAUGACCCUUAGCUGUGUAGUUCUCUCCUAUGCCUACAUCAUCAGGACAAUUUUUAGAUUCCCAUCUGUCCAGCAAAGGAAGAAGGCCAUUUUGACCUGUUCUUCCCACAUGAUUGUGGUUUCCAUCACUGAUGGCACUUGCAUUUUCAUCUACAUGAAUCCCACAGCAAAGGAAGAAUUGACAAUUAACAAAGUGGUUUCUCUGCUCAUUUCUGCUAUUUCUCCUAUGUUGAACCCCUUUAUUUAUACCCUUAGGAACAAUCAAGAAAAGAAAGCCUUCAAGUAUUCAAUUGAAAGAAUAGAAUUGCUCUCAACCAAGUAA